ACACUUGAAAAAUUUCUUCUGAAGAAUUGGAUGCUAAGCCAAGUUCAGAUUAAUAAGAAAGAAUGACCAUGAGAGGAAAUGUACAGUCGAACUCCAAAUGGCUGGAAAGAAGAUCAAGUGUGGUUUAUGCUGCACGCUUGGUGACACUUAGAACAUGGCGGAUGCUGACACUGGGCGUGGAGUACAGCUCCUGGGCUCAAACCUCUGAGCUCUCUGACAGGCAGAAGAUGAGAAGGGUAGCAAUAGCUGACGUGUCUCGCACUGCUGCACUCACUGAGCCCAGUCAAACACAUGAAGAUGUUCAGAACGUGGAUCAGUCCAGCAGCUAUGACGCUGUUAUUGACCUGGAGAGGCCUGAUGACCUGAAGGGCACAGACAUUGUCAGCGCACAUGAGAUGUGUCAAGAUGAUGUCAAACUGUGGUGGAGCAGGAUUUUGGCCAAGGUGGGUUCAGACUUUGACCUGAGGACGCUGCGGGCCGUGCGAGUGCUGAGACCUCUUAAACUGGUGUCAGGAAUCCCUAGUCUACAGGUGGUGUUGAAGUCCAUAAUGAAGGCCAUGGUUCCUCUGCUACAGAUCGGCCUGCUGCUCUUCUUUGCCAUUGUCAUGUUCGCCAUUAUCGGAGUGGAGCUCUACAUGGGCAAGUUUCAGAAGGCUUGCUUCAAAUACAAGACAGAGGAGCUGGCAGAAGAUUACCCAUGUGGCUUGGAGGCUCCAUCUAGGCUGUGUCCCAAUGACACAGAGUGUAAAACAGGCAGGGCAUGGAAAGGACCAAACUAUGGCAUCACUAACUUUGACAACAUCUUGUUCGCCAUACUUACCGUCUUCCAGUGCAUCACCAUGGAAGGAUGGACCGAUAUCCUUUACCAUACCAAUGAUGCCUUGGGCAACACGUGGAACUGGAUGUACUUCAUCCCCCUCAUCAUCAUCGGCUCCUUCUUCAUGCUCAACCUGGUCCUGGGUGUUUUAUCGGGAGAGUUUGCCAAAGAAAGAGAGCGUGUGGAGAAGAGACAGGAGUUUCUGAAGCUACGUAGGCAACAACAAAUUGAGAGAGAGCUGACUGGCUACCUGGAGUGGAUCUGUAAGGCAGAGGAGGUGCUUCUGGCUGAGGAAGAUGAGAAUGCAGAAGAGAAGUCUCCACUGGACGGAGCGUGGUACAAGAGGAAACAGAACAACUCGGUGCUAAAAAGGGUCAAGGUCAAGAAGGGGAAGAAUGAUCUCAUCGGUGCUGAGGAGGGUGAGGAACACUUCACAGACAUUUCAUCAGUUGCAGCACCCCCUGGAUCUCCUUUUGCCCGAGUCAGCCUGAAAAGCAGCAAGAAUGAUAGCUCUUCGUACUUCCGUCGCAAAGAGAAACGGGUGCGCUUCUUUAUUCGCCGCAUGGUAAAAGCCCAAAGCUUCUACUGGAUUGUGUUGUGCAUAGUGGGACUGAACACGCUAUGUGUAGCCAUCGUUCACCGCGAACAACCUCUGGGGCUCACCCAAGCACUGUACCUGACCGAGUUUGUGUUCCUGGGUCUGUUUCUAUGUGAAAUGACUCUGAAGAUGUACGGCCUGGGGCCCAGGACCUACUUCCACUCCUCUUUCAACUGCUUUGACUUUGGGGUCAUCGUGGGGAGUAUAUUUGAGGUGGUGUGGGCAGCCAUUCAACCAGGAGCCUCUUUCGGUAUUAGCGUCUUGAGGGCUCUGCGCUUGCUGCGAAUAUUUAAAGUGACCAAGUAUUGGAACUCUUUGAGGAAUUUGGUGGUGUCUCUACUCAACUCAAUGAAAUCCAUCAUCAGCUUGCUAUUCCUCCUCUUCCUCUUUAUUGUGGUCUUUGCCUUGCUGGGCAUGCAGCUCUUUGGAGGACAGUUUAAUUUUGAGAACGAAACACCCACUACAAAUUUUAACAACUUCCCUGCUGCCAUAAUGACCGUCUUCCAGAUUUUGACAGGAGAAGACUGGAAUGCAGUGAUGUAUCAUGGGAUUGAGUCUCAGGGCGGUGUCCCAUUUGGGAUGUUCUCCUCUGUUUACUUUAUCAUUCUUACUCUCUUUGGAAACUAUACUCUUCUUAAUGUGUUCUUGGCUAUUGCUGUCGAUAACCUUGCCAAUGCUCAGGAGCUGACAAAGGACGAGGAGGAGCAAGAGGAGGCAGCUAAGAAAAGCAUAGCACUGCAGAAGGCUAUGGAGGUGAAGGAGGUCAGCCCGAUGUCAGCAGCUAACAUUUCCAUCGCAGCUUUUGUAAAGCAAAAUCGAGAUGUGCUCUCUCGCAGCUCCUCCGUCAGCAGUAUUCACUCACUGAGUUAUGUCUACACCCCUGUUCACCGCUUUGUGAGCAAGGAACAGCAGCGCUCUCUGCAGAAGAUGUCUGUCUGGGAGCAGCGCACUUCACAACUCCGUCGCCACAACCUGCGCAACAGCAGUGAAGCACUGUACAACGAGCUGGAGCCUGAGGAUCGGCUGCUCGUGUCCUCAGCACUACACCUGCGGCCUGAUAUGAAGGCGCACCAUGAUCGGCCUUUACUGGUGGAUAAAUCACACCUGCCAGAAGGCAGGGACGCCACGGAAGAGGCACCUCCACACAAACACCACCGGUGCCGUGGAGAGAACGGUGAGGCUGGAGAAGGACGCCGCCAUCGGCACCACCGCAGUAGUGAACACAGAGGGCACCAGGAUGGAGGGCGUAGGAACCAGGCAGAGGAUGGUGAUGAUGGGGAGCACCGUCACCACCAUUCUCACCGGUCCCGAGAAACUAAUGAUGAUGGCACUAAUGGAGCAAAAGGUGAUGGAAAUCUAAGAGGGCACAGAGAGGGUGAAGCAGGGAAUGGUGAGAGGAGGAGACAUCGGCCUCGCAUCAAAGCCCAAUCCACGAUUGGCAAGGAGGAGAACAGAGACAACAAAGAGAGAGAUACACCAAGCCACAGGGACAAGUUUAUGGAUGCAGAGGGUGAUGGUUUAAGCUCAAAUCCUGCUCCAUCUCUGACUGAGAGACAAGAGGACUCGGACAACCUAAAAAACAGCAUCAAGGCUAGAUCAACUGCAGUCAGCAUCCCUGUUACCAUCACUGCCCCACCAGGAGAGACCACUAUCAUUCCCAUGAAUAACAUAGAUGGUGAGAGCCUUCUCCUGAAUGAGGAAAAGAAGGAUCUGGAUGAGCUGAAUCAGAAUGCUCCCAAACACAUCUUACCCUACAGCUCCAUGUUUGUGUUUAGUCAGACCAAUCCCAUACGAAGGUUUUGUCACUAUGUGGUGAACUUGCGCUACUUUGAGAUGUGCAUUCUGGUGGUGAUUACCAUGAGCAGCAUUGCACUCGCUACAGAGGACCCUCUGGACAUUGAUGUUGUUCGGAAUACUGUGCUAAAAUAUUUAGAUUACAUCUUCACUGGUGUGUUCACAUUUGAAAUGGUGAUCAAGAUGAUUGACCUCGGGCUGCUUCUCCACCCUGGUUCCUACUUCAGAGACCUGUGGAAUAUUCUGGACUUUAUUGUGGUCAGCGGUGCCCUGGUGGCUUUUGCCUGCUCAGGGAACAACGGCAAGGACAUCAACACCAUCAAAUCCCUCAGGGUUCUCCGAGUGCUCCGGCCUCUGAAGACCAUCAAAAGGCUACCUAAACUCAAGGCGGUGUUUGACUGUGUGGUGAACUCUCUGAAGAAUGUUCUCAACAUCCUCAUUGUCUACAUCCUCUUCAUGUUCAUCUUUGCUGUUAUCGCUGUGCAGCUCUUCAAGGGAAAGUUCUUCUACUGCACAGAUGAAUCUAAAGCUUUUAAGAAGGACUGCAGGGGUCUGUUUCUGGAUUACGAUGGAGACAAUGUGGAAGCCAAACCACGUGAAUGGAAGAAGUACGAUUUUCAUUAUGACAAUGUGCUAUGGGCUUUCCUCACUCUCUUCACCGUUUCCACAGGAGAGGGUUGGCCGAUGGUGCUGAAACACUCUGUAGAUGCCACUUAUGAAGACCAAGGACCAAGCCCAGGGUUCCGCAUGGAGACGUCCAUCUUUUACGUGGUCUACUUUGUGGUCUUCCCGUUUUUCUUUGUCAACAUUUUCGUAGCCUUGAUCAUCAUCACAUUCCAGGAGCAAGGGGACAAAGCUAUGUCUGAGUGCACCUUGGAGAAGAAUGAGCGGGCGUGCAUUGACUUUGCCAUUAACGCCAAGCCCCUGACUCGCUACAUGCCCCAGGAUAAACAGUCCUUCCAGUACAAGAUGUGGAAGUUUGUGGUUUCAACUCCAUUUGAAUAUUCCAUCCUGACUAUGAUUGCAAUCAAUACUGUGGUUCUCAUGAUGAAGUUCAGUUCGGCUUCGAAGCCUUACGAGGACAUGCUGAAGUGGCUGAACAUCAUCUUCACUGCCCUCUUCACCCUGGAAUGUAUCCUGAAGAUCAUCGCUUUUGGCCUGCUGAACUAUCUGAGGGAAGCCUGGAACAUAUUCGACUUUGUAACAGUACUGGGCAGUAUCACUGACAUCCUGGUCACUGAAAUAAAGCAGAACAAGCUGAUCAACCUUAGCUUCCUGAGGCUGUUUCGAGCUGCUCGACUCAUCAAGCUCCUGAGGCAAGGCUACACCAUCCGUAUCCUGCUCUGGACCUUUGUCCAGUCUUUUAAGGCACUGCCCUAUGUGUGUCUCCUCAUUGCCAUGCUUUUCUUUAUCUACGCCAUCAUUGGGAUGCAGGUGUUUGGGAACAUCAGGUUAAAUGAAAAAUCAGCAAUUAACCUUCACAACAACUUCCAGACCUUCUUUCAGGCACUCAUGCUACUCUUUAGGAGUGCCACGGGUGAGGCAUGGCAUGAGAUUAUGCUGUCGUGUUUGGGUGACAAGGAUUGUGCCGAGCCCCCACCUUCCAGUGGGAAAAAGUGUGGCAGUGAUUUUGCAUACUUCUAUUUUGUCUCCUUCAUCUUCCUCUGCUCGUUCCUGAUGCUGAAUUUGUUCGUGGCUGUUAUCAUGGACAACUUUGAGUACUUGACACGAGAUGCUUCCAUCCUUGGACCUCACCAUCUGGAUGAGUUCAUCCGUGUCUGGGCGGAUUACGACCCUGCUGCCUGUGGAAGGAUACGCUAUAUGGAUAUGUACAAUUUGUUACGUGUCAUUUCGCCCCCUCUUGGUUUAGGAAAGAACUGCCCUAAUAGGGUGGCAUACAAGCGCUUGGUGAGGAUGAACAUGCCUAUUGCUGAUGACAACACAGUCCACUUCACGUCCACGCUGAUGGCUCUCAUACGCACUGCCCUGGAUAUCAAACUGGCAUCAGGUGCUCUUGCCCAGCGUCUCUGUGAUGCUGAUUUGAGGAGGGAGAUUAAUAAAGUGUGGCCCAGCCUGUCAUCAAAAACUGUGGACUUGCUGGUAACACCUCAUAAACAUAACGACCUGACAGUUGGGAAAGUGUAUGCUGCGCUCAUGAUCUUUGAUUACUACAAGCAGAACCGGGCCAAAAGACUCCAGGAGCAGCAGCCCACUUCAGGAGCGCUGAGUAAAAUGGGGUCUCUCUUCAAGCCCAUGUUGCCCCUCACCCACAUACAUGAACAAGAACCAUCGGUCAAGAGCGCCAAACUGCCACCUCCUCCUCAAACUGAUUCAUCUCCACAUCCAGAACUCCCGCCCACAAACCCUCUCUUGACCAAUGGGGAGCCAGUAAAAAGCAGUACCAUGAAGAAUUCUCCUUCGGCAGAGACACUUCAGAAGGGCAGGAAUUCUGUCCAUUCAACGGAUGUACCGGUACCAAAAACUGAAUCUCAGGAAUUAGUAGAGAUGAUGGAUAUGGAGAAUAAUUCUGAUGUAGGGGGCUUCUCCGCACUGGAGGGCCACGGGAGGGCAGCUUCAAUGCCCAGACUUAGUGCAGGCUUCCAGCGGAGCCAGUUGCGCCACACCACCGGGAUAUACCUAGCACCCAUCAUGGAUGGCAGUCCCAUGCGGCGCUCAGCUUCCUCUUUGGCUUCUCAGAGAGGAGGGAUAGAGUUGAAUUUGAAGGAAUAUAUGUUGGAACGUCCCCCAGCAGCACAGACUCAGGAGAAAGAGAGAGACAGAGCGCACCAACAUCAUCAUCAUCAUCGAUGUCACCGCCGCAGAGACAAGAAGCAUAAAUCCCUGGACCGAGCUAUCAGUGAGGAACAGCCUAGCUCUGUGGAUCCAAUGGUGGACCUGAGCAAUGAGCAGCAGGAUCGAGGGCGUGAAUGGGAAAAAGACCGAGGUCGCUCUCAUGACAGGAAGCACCACUCAUCCUUGGUCACUGACAGAAAGCAGCGUUACUACUCCUGCGAUCGCUAUGGGAACAGAGAACACUGUCACAGCCGAUCACCUGGACCAAGCAGAUCCACAUCACCUGGAGAUCCGCAAGAACCCAACAGAUUCAAAACGGGUGUUAACUCAGCUAAGGGCAGCCCAGUGGUCUUCACAUCAGGCUCCAGUACACCGAGCCGUGGAAGGAGACAGCUCCCUCAGACACCGCUAACCCCAAGGCCUGCAGUGGCCUUUAAAUCUACCAGCUCCUCCCCACUGCAGAUGGCUGUCACCCGCUCAUCCGGGCCAGUCCCUAUCUACCUGAGCCGAGGGCAGUCAGAGCACGACGCCCUGCUCGGCAUCACUCACCAACCAUCUCCUGUGCCUGUCACUCGGAUCGGAUCUGACCCCAACCUCGGCCCCCUGCAGCGAGACCCCCACCUGUCAGAGGCCGAAGAUUUCCACGAUGCUUUGAGCACCUACAGCUCAGGACGUUUUCCAAGGACAGUCUCUGCCACCCAUUCGUCCACUGCAGCGGUGCCGUCCAUGCUUCAGCAGAGCCGGAGUGGAGUGCCUAAUGGGUACCACUUCACCCUGGGCGUCAAUGCAUCUCUGGGCUCCAGUGCCAGGAUUUCCCCAAGCUAUCAGGAUACAGAGAAAGAUGACUGGUGUUGACGAAAUGGUGACCAGUAUAUGUCUUAAAUGUGUCUUUAAAAAGUGCAGGAUGAGUUUUAUCAUCUUUGCCUCAAGAUAAUCAUACAUUUGGGCCAUGUGUGUGUGCAGAGAGUGGAAACUUGAAGAGAUCUACAAGACAGGAUGAGUUAUUAAUUUUUUCAUGAAUGUGGCACCAUGAAAUUCCCUCUUGUUGAGACGGUUCUCUCAACACAGAUUGUGAAAAUAUGAGUUCCAUGAUGAAUUCGAUAACCCAAGGUGAGCUUUUUCUGCCACUGAAGAGGAGGAAUAGUUCAGCUACGUCCUCAGCGCUAGCAAACGCUGCCCUCCGCUCUCUGGAAUCAUAUUAAUAGGGCUAAAUUCGGCAGAGGGCAGAGAGAUACAGCCAUGUUUGAUUCGAAAGCACAAUCUAUAAUGAAAGUGCAGGACUUCUGCUCGUCUAUAUGGUAUUGUUAAGAACCUCUUUAGUUCUUCAAAAAGGUUAUACAUCCUUGGUUUUGUCCGAACGUCUUCGUCUUAACAGUUGUUUCCCUACUGCUGCUUUAUACUGUUUCUUCCUCUUGCAAGUGGCACAGAUAAAAUGCUCCUGGUAGCUUAAAAAAAAAAAAAGCCAAAUUGUAAUUAGUUUUAUAAGCGAUUGCAGUAGAGUGGGCAUCUUUUCACAGUGUUACUUUUUGUACCUUGUACAUGAAGUGUGUAGCUGGGUGUCUUGUAAAGUCUACUUGUUUUUUUUUUUUUUUAAUACUCUAUUACCCUCAAGUGGUAAAAUACCAAGUGCCUAACCUUUGAGGUUACUUACUGUAUGGGUAUAAUGUAUCAUGAGGCAUUAUAACCUUAUAACCUGAGAAAGGCAAAUACUGGAUACUGUACACUGUAGGUAAAAUGUCACAGAUCUUUGUUCCUUCUAUGUAUCAUAGCAUGUUAUGAAGACCGAGAUUAUGGCGUUGCACAAAAGAGAGAAUAUAUACUAAUGUAUGAAGUAUUUAAGACACGUGAGCAAGUAAUGUGUAAACUGCAGGGGCGAUAGCAUCAACAACGUAGCUUCGAGAAGGUACUGUAACCACGACCGACAGACAAUUAAAUGACGUUGAAAUAAUUUUCACUACGUCUGAACUGAAUGCAUGUUAGGAGUUUCUACACUUGGUGUUCGUGUUGUUGUAACAUUGCAGUGUGUGAUGUGCAUUUUAUUUUGCCAAAGAGUACAUGGUGAGCUCUUGCCUUUCUAGUACUAGACUGAAUUCAUUACAUGGAGUCAAGAAAGACUUGACAUGAUUUGGUAGGAAGAAUAAAUGACAUGAUAUAUAUUUCACUAUACAUUUAUUUCACUACGAUAUAUCUUUAUUUCAUGAUACGCGAAGUCAUGUACAGUUUGAUCAUGCUAUCAAAAUGAACAUAAUUGCUGAAUCCUUUCUUAGUAAACAAGGAAGAUGUGGUUCUUUGGUAAUAGUGAGUGAUUUUGAUAGCUUCCAAACACCUCAUCAUUGUUUAAGACAAAAUGAUGUUUAUUUCUAACACACACACUAGCAAAGACACUUUAAUAGGAACACCUGGACGUGCAUGCAGUUUUCCAAUCAUGUGGCUGCAGCAUGAUGCAUAAAAUAAUGCAAUACAGGUCAAGUUAAUGUUCAUAUCAAAUAUCAGCUGGGGGGGGGACUUGAUCUCAGCAACUUUGAUUGUAGCUUGGUGAUUGGUACUGGUUUGAGUAUUUCAGAAACUGUUGAUCCCAUGGGAUUUUCAUGCACAACAGUCUCUAGAACUGACACAGAAUAGUUAAAAUAAUAUCCAGUAAAUGAGUUCUGUAAAUGGAUAUGUCUUGUUAAUAAGAGAGGUCAGAGGGACUUGACUGGUAACUCAAAUGAGCAGCAAAAGCAUCUCAGAACACACAACAUGGCAAACCAUGAGGCAACUGGGCUACAAAAGCAGAAGACCACAUCACAUUCCACUCCCGUCGGACAAGAACAGGAUCCUGAAGCUACAGUUGGUACAUAAUGAAACUAGACAGCUGAAAAUUGGAGCAACAUUGCCAAGGAUUUCAACUAUCCAGGAAUGCUGGAGCCUCAGGUUAAUGUUCUUGGCUGACAGGAGUGGAACCUGAUGUGGUUUUCUGCUGUUCUAUUCCCAUCAACCCCAAGGUUUUGGUUAUUUUGCAUUCUGAGAUGCUUUUCUGCUCAGUGUGGUUGUAAAAAGUGAUUGUUCGAGUUACUAUAGCCUUCUUGUCAACUCAAACCAGUUUGGUCAUUCUACUCUGAGCUUUCUCAUCAGCAUGGCAUACCCAUCAACCCAUAGAAAUGUUCUCACUGUCAUUCUGUGUAAACUCUUGAGAGUCUUUUCUUCUUUCAGCUGCUCCAUUAGGGAGAAGCCACAGUGGAUCUUAGCACUGGUUUUACACCAGAUGCCCUUCUUGACGCAACCCUCCUCAAUCUAUCCGGGCUUGGGACCGGCACUGAGUAUGCACACUGGCUUGUGCAAUCCCAGUGGCUGGAUCAUUUUUUGAACUGUGGGAGGAAACCAGAGCACCCAAAGGAAACCCAUGCAGACACAGGGAGAACAUGCAAACUCCACACAGAAAGGCCCCCAUCGGCCUUGAGAUUCGAACCAGGAACCUUCUUGCGGUGAGGCAACAGUGCUAACCACUGCACCACCCUGUUGUGCAUGAAAAUCUAAGGAGAUCAGCAGUUUCUAAAAUCCUCAAACUACCUCAACUGCCACUAACAACCAUGCCAUUGGUUCAAGUCACUGAGAUCACGUGUUUCCCCAUUCUGAUGUUUGAUGCGAACAUUAACUGAAGCUCUUGACCUGUACUGUAUCUGCAUGAUUUUAUACAUUGCAUUGCUGCCACAUGAUUGGCUGGAUAAUUAAUGAGCAGGAGUGCCGGUGUUCCUAAUAAAGUUGUCGAUGUGUGUCGAUGGUAUUUCUCGGACAAGCUUCCUGUGUCCUGUAAGUGCAGGGAUGAGAUGACUGUUGAGAAACAGUACAGUAGGGCUAUGCAACAAGGCGACACUUUAUAAUCACUCUUCAUCCUCUGUAGCUAUAUCUCCUGGACUCUACAGAUCUCAGACCAAGACAAUUCUGUUCAGUUUAUACAUUAAAGUGAUGAAUGCUGUACGUGACAUGAAGUUUAUUAGAAAUGCAGCGAGGCCAAGUAGCUGUUAACAAGUAUAUAAACAGGACAAAUGCAUGCCAUUGUCCUGUCCUCAAAAGUGAAUUUGAAUUUGUGUUGUUCACCUCAGUACAGUCCAUAAAGUGUUUUCAUUCAAAUUCAUAACUGGUGGAUGAUUUAAAGAUUUUUUUUUCCCUCAACAAAUCAACCUCACACUGAUCCACCUUUUGACCACGUUUUACUUUCUAUUCUCCCUUUCGGAAGGGGAGAUGCGAUUUGUGCACCGAGUACAUCUGUAAGCCAUUCCUAUGAAAAAAAUCUACAAAUAAUUCUUAUAAUCAAACUUUCUGUCAGGUGCCAAAUUGAACAUAGCACCAUUUUCUCGUCCUCAUACUGUACCUUGUUCAGUUGACCUGUGGACAUUGUGUUAUGUUUGCAUGUUCCGAUGACAUGUGCAUGUACAAAUAUAUGUUUGACAUAUUUUAUGUUCGAUUCCUAUGAAGGGUUCACUGCCUUUUUUAUACAGUCUUCAAUAAAAUAAAAAAAACCUGUGUUUGUGGGAGUAAAUUAGAGAAACUCAUUGUAGACCUUUUGUGUAAAAGAGGUGUUGAACAAAAGAGAAAAUUACAUUCAGGCUAUGAAAGCAUGGGACUAAACUAAAGUUUUUAAGCAGAUCAGACACCACCACUGUUCAUCAACUGUCUGCUUAUUUACCAUUCAUUACCAUUUUGUACCACUUAACUGAAAAGAGAAUAUACAAAAAUAAAAUCAUUAAUUUAAAAA